AACUGGGCAUUCAAUUUGCACCAACACUCACAUAACAUUAACAGAUCAAUUGGGCGGCAAUGUUAAGUGUAGAGCAAAUUUUCGGCACUGCGAAUGUCAACGUGCUCGCGUGCAUGUGUGAAUGGCGUUCCACAGCGAGUACACAAACGCAACAUCUGAAAUUCGGUUUUGUGUCUCCUGGUGCUUACCAGUUAUAAACCGCGCACCGCUGGAUUAACCAGUGUCCAAUAUGUCACCCAAAUAUACUCACGCAAUUGUUGCCAGAAUCUCCAAUGCUUUGCUCGAAACGGGCGACUUUGAUGUGCAAUUGGCGAAACAACAACACGAACAAUAUUGCACUCUAUUGCGUGAAAUUGGCUUGAAUGUGAUCGAGCUGCCUCCGGAUGAUGCGUUACCCGAAGGCGUAUUUGUUGAGAACAGCGCCGUGGUAUGCAAUGGAGUUGCGCUUAUUGGCAAAUCGGAGAAUCUAAAACGCCGACGCGAAGCGGAGAGCAUGGCCAUCAUUUUGAAGAAGGAGCUAGACAUACCGGUUAUCGAAAUAGAUGAUCCUCAUGCCCAAUUGGAUGGCGGUGAUGUGCUCUUUACGGGGCGCGAGUUUUUCAUUGGCAUUUCAAGCUAUACGAACGAGGAGGGCGCACGCGCUGUUGCCAUGGCGUAUCCCGAAUAUCCAGUGACACCCAUUAGAGUUAAUGGUUGCAAGCGCUUAAAGUACUACGUCACCAUGGCUGGGCCGGAUGUGAUGUGUGUGAGCACAAGUGCCACCUGCCAGGAGAUUGUGAAGCGUAUGGAGCGUGAGGCGAGCUUCACCUAUCAGAAGCUCACGCUGCCCGAGGAGAGUGCGGCAAAUAUGUUAUAUAUCAAUGGCACAAUUGUGCACAGAUCACCCGCUGAAAUUCCAGAAGCCUACAAGACUUUAAAAGAGAAAAUUGACAUUCCGACACGUAAUAUAAACAUUAGCGAAUUUAGCCAAUAUUCCAGUGGAUUGAGCUCAGCGUGUCUGUUGCUGCGGCGCUGGAAGUCCAUACGCAGCAUUUGAACAUGUGAAUCAUUCACUCGAUCCCACAUCUAACUAUCUAUAUAAAUCGAAUAAUGUUAUUUUGUAUCUAAAGUGGAGAUAAAACACGCACAGGCGCUCGUUUUCAUUGUUAAUGGCGCAGCAAUAUCAAUAUGUCAACUAAUUAAUAAUUAAUCAUAAAUAUUUGUAUUUAGCGUGCAUCUAUUGCAACAUCUUUUUAAACCGUUAUUUGUUAAACUCUAAGUAAUCAUAUAAUGUUAAAAUAUUUAUAUACACACACACACAUACACAGCUCUUCGCACACAUUCGUCUAAACCUUGUUUACAACAUUUAAAUAGUUAUAUAAUUUAUGACAUAUACAAAUAACUUUCUUACAUAUUAAAUAUUUUAUCAUUGGACUCGCAAUUGUGCGAUUUUCCAGCUAACGAAUGACCUACGAAUUGUAUCUACUUUACAAGUAGCUGUUAAAUGUGUUCACUGUACCGUCAAAUAUAAAUA